AUGACAACACUGAAUGAUUCGAAUAGUGAGUUUUUCCUUUUUUUAAUGUGAUAAAAUUUUUAUUUAAUAACAGUUGGUACCAGCAAUAUUGAUGAGAUAACAAAUGUUGAAACUUCAAAUGAUUCGCCAGCUCCAUCAGUUUUAUUAAGUCGAAAAGGAUUAUUCGGCAAUUCUGCUGCAUGUUUAUCGGUUAGUAUUUACACAACAAUUAAAUAUGAAAUAUAUUUCCUACAGGAUAAUUAUCCGAAUACUUCGAAUGAUUGUGAAAUGGAAGUUGAAGAAACUGUAAAUCAAGAAAAUGGUGAUUCAAAUGGAAAUAACAUAUCAAUUCAAGAAGAAAAUGAGCAGUCUAUUGCUAUAGAAAAUAAAAACGAAAAUCUGGAAUCAACAUCAGUUAUUCCAGAUGAUGAAAAAACUAUUGAAGAUUCCAUUUUGGACCCAACACCGAUAUUCAAAGAAGCCGAAGAUUCUGAGAAAGUGUCGUCAGAAGAAAAAACUGAACCAGUUCCAACAGUCAUUGGAAAUGAAGUCGAGCCUACUUCAGAAUCUCCUUUGAUUGAAAUCGAUGAACCUCUUCCAAAAGACGAUGAAAAUAUCGGAGAAAAAUCAGAUGAAACUGAAAAUGAUGAAGAAAUUGAAAUUGAUAGUGUUGAAGAAGUUUGUGUUAAAAAAGUUAUUUCGAUGGAUACAGAAGAAACAGUGACAGGUGAAGAGGAAUCGGAGGAAACACCAAGAAAAAGAGCAAAAAGAAAUGCACCAAAAGAUUCGAACGAUGAUGAUGAUUUUGAGGAAAAAACGAAGGAACUUGAGGUUGAGGAAAAUAGUUUAGAAGGUGAAAAAGAGGUUGAAGUAGAAGAAAAAGAAGAAAUUGAAAUUGAACAAAACGAUGUAGAAGAAGAAAUUGAAGAAGAAGAGAAACCCAAGCGUACUCCUCGUGGAAGAAGAUCCGUAAAAUCUCAACCAUCAUCUUCAAGAAGUAGCCGAAAAAAGUCAGAAGACAGUAAUGUAAGUUUCCGGUGGUAGUUUGUCAACAUUAAAAUUACAUUUUAUAGGCUGAAAACGCGGAACAAGACGUUGAAAAUCCGGAAACUGAAUCAGAAAGUAAAGUUGAAACCGAUGAAGCACCAGAAGAAACACCAAAAAGUUCAACAAGAUCAUCUCGUCGUUCAAAUGCUGUUAAAUCAGAAACAGAUACACCAGUUCCAACUAGAAGUAGUCGAAGAUCAACAGCUGCUGCAAAUGUUUCAACUCCUGAAGUUAAAACAACUGGAAGAAAAAGUCAAGUUAAAAAAGAAGAGGAAACAGAAAGUACUCCAAAUCAAACAAGAAAUCAGACACCAGUUGAAGUAAGUUUUUUUUAAAUUUAAUUCGAAAAUAUUUAUGAUUGAAAAAUAAUGUUAUUAUAGACUCCUUCAUCAACUCGAGGUCGACGUGGAAGAAAACCUGCUGAAGAAAAAGUAUCUACUCCAAAAUCAGCUAUUCGAACACCAUCAUCGAAAUCGCGAUCAGCAAAAAAUGUAUCGAUAAUUGAAGCAGAAGACAAAAAUGAUGAAUCAAUAGAAGUUGAAGAAAAAGAAGAACAAGAACAGAAAUCGGCGAAAAAGACACCAGGCAGAACACCUUCUUAUAAAAAACAACCAAUUAAAGAUUCGGAUGAAUUUGAUCCUUAUGAUUUAGACACUGAAAUGGAAAGACAUCCAGAACCAUUGAAAAAUAUUCAUGUGAGAUUUUUUGUUUUUAAUUAUAUCAACAAAAAUCAUUUAUUUUUCUUUAGAUGGAAGUUCAAAAUUUUGGAACUGUCAAAUAUGCGAAAAUUGGAAAAUCAGUUUCGAAUUAUGAAUCAACUGAAAGAGCAGCCGAAUCAAGAAUAUCAAAUUUAUCCAGUUAGUUUUAUUGAAUUUUGUUAAGAAUAAUAAUCAAGUUAUUUUUUGAAGAUACGCCACCUCAACGAAAAGAAAGAAAAUCGUUGGCUGAAAUGACUCCUGGAAAAGAAAAAAUUCAACAUCGUAUUAGUAUGGGAUCGGCUAAAAAACGAACAAAAUCAACUAAAAAGGCAUUUGAGGAUAUUGGAGAUGAAGAUGAAAUGGAUUUUGAAACUGAUUCACCAAAAGUCGAAAAAUCAACAAAAGGAAGAAAGAGAAAGUAAGUUUUCAACAAAAAAAAACAGUAAACGUUUACAUCAACUUUUUUAAAGAGCCGAUGAAGAAUCACCAAGUUCAGUUGCUGUCAAAAAAGUGGCUAUUGAAUUACCAAAUUUAUCAGCUGAAGAGCAAUGGCAAGUUGAUCAUCCAGAAGAUGAACAUGAACCACAUGCACCUGGUGCCAGAGUUUAUGCACUUUUCGGAAAAGUUUAUUAUCCAGCUGUUAUUGCUUCUGAGUAAGUUAUUUUUAGAUAAAUUAGUUGUAAUUUUUUUAAAUUUCAGACGAGAUGGUUUGGGAAGAUUCAAAGUUCAAUACACAUCUGAUAAAAUAGUAAAAGAUGUUCCAUCUGCGGGAAUUAUUCCAUUGAGAGCUGUUGUUGCUGGAAAACAGGUAAUUGUUAGAUAACUUUCGAAUGAAAAAUGAAAAAGAAUAAUAUAUUUUCAGUGUUUCUAUAAUGAAGAUGUAUUAAAUGUGAUUGCUUGUCCAAAUGCAGCAUCAGCAAAAGAAUGGACAGAAGGAAUAUUUUAUUUAGAAGCAUUAGAUGAAAAUGGUGAUCCAACUGGUGAUACAAUUCGAGCUGAUUGGUGUGAAAUAUCACUUGAUAUGUCUGAUUGGAAAGAAUAUAUCAAUAAAAAAUCAAGUGAAGCAACAUCAAUUGUUGCUGAUAAUAUAACAACACCAUCACAAAUAUAUCGAGCUGCAAGAAAACAUGUUCAAACACCAGCUGUUAAACCAAAAGAAACUGCCAAAAAAUCAACCAAAAAUAGUUCGUUGCCAAUUGAAGAACAGAAUAAUGAAUUUAAUUUGAAGAAACUUAUUAUGAAUGAUGUCGGUGUUGGAAAAAGUAUGUUAUAAGUUAUUUGAAAAUAACAAAAAUAUAAUUGUUUUUGUCUAGAUAUCUUCCAAGGAAAGUUAUUCAUUUUAACUUCGUCAACUCGUCAAAAUUUGAAAUCUGUGGCUCAAUGUAUGAGAAAAACUGAACUGAAAGAAUUUGUUAUUGAAAACGGAGGAACAGUUACGGAACACUUCCAUGAUGUCGAUGAAAAUCCGAGUCUUGAAGCAUUCUUAGUUUCUGACAGAUAUUAUAGAACUCACAAAUAUUUGGCUGCUUUGGCACGUGGAGUUCCUUGUAUUUCACAAGAAUGGAUCAAACAAUGUGCAAAUGUUGGAGAAAUUGUUGAUAUUGAGCCAUUUAUUCUUUCUGCUGGAUUAUCUGCUCUCGAUGAAAAAGAAUAUCCACCGUAAGUUUUUAUUUUAUCAGUUAUAUAGAAUAAGAAUAAAAAAGAGCUCCUCAUUGAAAACAUUUAUUGUUUAUCAAAAAAUGAUUUGUAAUCUAGUUUUUCAAGUUACUCACGUUACAGUACUUCGACUCAAUCUUAUUAAUUUUUUUUCGAUUGAUUAAGACAUCAAUGAUGUAUUUGAACCCCCCCCCCAUAAACGCAUGGCCCGCUUGGUGUUACGCUGUUCGUAACCCCAUCAAGGCCAGUAGAUCAUCACUCAAGCAAUGAAGAUCAAGCCCCCCCCCCUACUUUCAUACUAAAAUGUAAUAAUCCUACCAGUGUAAUUUAGACCCCCCCCCGCCCCACCAACCAGUAAAAUCAGAACAUCAUAUGAUUCUACCCCCUAAUUGUCCAACCAUACCUUGUUAACCGCUUAAUUCAGCUUUCCUCAACAACUCCUACCAAUUCUCACUGGGUUUUUUUUGAAUAGAAUAGACAUUAGAUAAAUAAAAUAGAUCAGAAAACUACCGUUUUCUUUCUCAACUAGAAAAAUAAAUGAGCUACAUAAACAAGAAAUCUCGUGGCAUUAUCGAACACGUCAUUUAGUACACGUUUAGCGCAGUUUUAGUUUAAUUUUAAAAAUAUUCGGGAAUUUUUUGAGAAUGUUGUGAAUGAGGGGACAAAUCACACUGGUAUUUCUAUGCAUGUAUUUCUGAUUGUGGGAGGUUGAAAUCCAUUUUCUUCAAUGUUUUCAAUUGAUAGAUAUAUUUCAGAAUAAAAGAUCAUUCUUCUACAUUAUCUGGUCUCAAAUUCUAUGUUCAUACAACUCAAAGAGUUCGAGAAAAAACUCAACUUGGACCAGGAAGCACAUUCUUACAAAUUUGGCAUCCACUCAUUGAAUUAUUGGGUGGCGAAUAUAUCGAUUGUGAACCGGAAGAUUUUGAAAAACAUGGUUUUGAUGCUGUAAUUACAGAUGGAAAUGUUGAUGAAACUGUUGAAGAAGUCGCAUCAAAUAAGAAUAUUCGAAUUUUGACAUCUGAAUUCAUUAUCGAGGUUUGUAAAUACUGAAAUUUUAAUUAAGAAAUUAUUUCGAAAAUUGAUUUUUUUCACGUAUUUUUUGUUAUUGGAAAAGAUACUUGAAAUUUAAACGACAAUUUUUCAGGCAAUUAUCACUGGAAAAGCUCCUGAUUUGGAUGAACCGAAAUUCACACUCGAUCAUUUGCGAAAAACAAAACAAGAAGAAAAAACUACAAAGAAAACCAAAGGGCGUUCACAUUAA